AUGGCUAUGGCCGGCUGGCUGGGCAAGACAGGUGCGGAGGCGCCUACAGUGUUCAGACCGCGGUUCGCGAGCGACGCGAGCUAUGCUCAUGGAGAAAGAUGUCUGUCUGAUGUAUGCUGGCACUUUGGAAAUUUAAGAGAAUAUUUGCGAUAUAUCUGCUCUGGGCGAAGAAGAUUUGCUGCCGUAGUGCUUCUGCAUCCUCUGCCCCGAGAAAAGCUAGCGUGGCAAGAAAGAGGUUUCCCAACUGUGCGACUGCAAACCCUACGCCGGAGUAGGAAGUUCAAAGGCAACGCACGAGCCGUCAGCUUCCACCAUCAUCUGCCUGCCUCUACAAAUGGGGAUGACAGAAUGGGGAUGACAGAAUGGGGCUUCCCUAUACAAUACAGUCGAAACGAUCGCCCUCGUCCAUCCUCGCGCGAGAAUAACCCCUGCUGCAUUCUCCUCUCCGACCAAGGACGGAAUCACGCGAAAGGGAAACAAGAGCAGCAGACCUCCCCCCAUCACCCCACGACAGUAGAGCGCACACGCACACACACACACACAGAAGAACCAACCAACCAACUGACUUCUUCCAACUUCUUCGGGUGCUUCGAGUUGUGGGUGCGAUGGAGCCGCCGGCUGAGACUCGAGCUGGUUGGUGGUGCAUUUGGAGAACUAGAGCCUGGAGAGAAGAGGAAGAAGGAGGAGGAGGAGGAGGAGGAGGAGGAGGAGGAGGAGGAGAAGAAGAAGAAGAAGAAAGGUGGAAAAACAGUGUGA